CGCGCUUUACAAAGCAGUUAUCAUUACCAAUUUGUCAGGGAGACGAAAACAACUGUACAUAAUUAUCUGAACAACAGAAUAAGUAUAACGAUGGACGCAUACGUUGUUACCAGUCAGCCAACAGUUGAAAUCCAUCGUCAAGUAGUUGUACAGCAAAAACAGUCUGAAUGGUCAUCCGGACUUUUUGACUGCUGUCAGGAGCCUGUAGGCUGUAUUGCUGCAACCUUUUGCUUAGCUUGCUACCAGUGUCAUCUGUCAAAUAAAGUUGGUGAAGCAUGCAUUAUGCCCUGCUGUGUGCCUGGCAGCAUGGUAACGUUGAGGGCUAUGAAGAGAGUCCAACACAACAUUCCUGGAAGCGUGUUGUCGGACUGUUGCACUAUUCUCUGGUGUCCUUGUUGUGCUUUAACUCAGUUGAAACGUCAUCAUGACGCCACGAGCCACUUGGUGUAGGCCUAGGCCUAUUUGGCUCAAUAGGUGAUUGAAUUUGGUUCCAGUAUAAAGUCAUCAUGUGUUAACCAAGAAGUUACACAGCUAGUAUUUUUACAAAUAGGCCUAUUUCUGGAAUGUGAUUAUUUUAAUUAAAGCCAAUCAUUAAUGAUGUGAAGAAUUUCUAAAUUAGUUAGCUAUGCGACCUGCCAUAGCUUAUAUUUACAGCACAGUACUAUAGAACCAAUAUUAAGGGGACACCCUUGGAACCAGAAAAGUGUCCCCUUAAUAGGGGUGUCCCCUUAAUGGGGUAUCCCUAUUAAGGGGACACUAACCUAAAACGUAAAAUUGUCCUUUUAAUAAGGGCUUUGGUAUGUUUUUCAUAUAAAGAUAACGUAAUAAUAAUAAUAAUAAUAAUAAUAUUAAUAAUAAUUGUGUAGUUUUAUAUAGCGCACAUAUCCAUCUAAUGUAAGAUGCUCAGGGCGCUUGAUAUGUGAACAUAUAUUCUUUAUAAUUUCAUAUUUAUUGACAUAAGCAAUUAGAACUAAUUUAUAAAGAUAUAUUUCCCCUUGUUUCACGGAAAAGCGUCUCCUGAAUAGGGGAGUCCCAAAGAAGGGGUUCUACUGUAAUUGUAUUAUAGCAAUUGUUUAAAUAGCCGUAUGUACGUAUGUACUUCGAAAAUGAGUUUGUAAUAUUAGUACGAUUUCAAUAAUUGUUUGAAUAAAAACCAAAUUAAUGAAAAUGA